CAGACCGAGGACCCUGCCUCCUGGGCCGCAGGGAGCCAGACCCGGGGACCCUGCCUCCUGGGCCUCAGGGAGCCAGACCCGGGGACCCUGCCUCCUGGGCUGCAGGGAGCCAGACCCGGGGACCCUGCCUCCUGGGCCUCAGGGAGCCAGACCCGGGGACCCUGCCUCCUGGGCCUCAGGGAGCCAGACCGAGGACCCUGCCUCCUGGGCCUCAGGGAGCCUGCCGAGCCGGGAGACUUGAUCCCGGAAGUCUGUUUUGUCCCCGGAAGAUGGAGCUGGGGAUGGUAACCACUCGGGAAAGCGGCAGUGAGGAUUCACAUAGAGGCUGCGGGGUCUCCUUACCAUUGUCUGAGUUUUCCUCUUCAUCUGCUUCCUAAGUCUCCGGCACAAGCUGGGAAAUCUCUGCGCCAUUCCCCGCUUACUGUCCCUCCAGGGCUCGCGGGCUCCAAGGCACCCUUAAGACGCCAGGGCCACCCCGCCCGCCCACGACCAUGAGGAGCACAGCUGUGGUUGGACAAAUCCGGGCUUAUAUCUCAUGGCAGCUGGGAAGAGCACACGCCAGGGGAGCUGCAGGCCUCUCAGGAGGGGCCGCCAGUCUCCUCGGAGCGACUCGGGUUACCGGUUCUUGUCUGCUCUCUGGACCGAACCUGCGCUCUCUAACUUCGGCAGAAAAUGCAGAAAGGGUGACACAGAGAAGGAAAGCGCCUUGAAUCCGAGCUAACAGGAGGUGAAAGGUGAGGACCGAAGAGAGAGACAGGGCCUGUUCCGGGACAAAGGGCUGCGGCCGCGCCUGCGCAGAAGGCCCCGGGCCGCGGGAGGGCCCUGCGAGGUGACGGCGGGGUUGCCAUGGCGGCGCUGAGCGGCCUGGCGUCGGCGCUGGAGUCGUACCGCGGCCGCGACCGCCUGGUCCGGACCCUGGGGUACUGCUGCCAGCUGGUUGGCGGGGUGCUGGUGGAACAAGGCCCGGCCCGGGCAGACGUGGGGGCGCGCCUGCUGGCAGUGUCCUCCCAGCUCAGCGGCUGUAGGACCACCCUGCGCCUCUUCGAUGACGUGGCCAUGUUUCUGUACACCAAGCAGUACGGCCUGGGGGCAGAGGAGGAGGACAUCUUGGUCCGCUGUGUGUCUGUCCUGGGCAACCUGGCCGACCAGCUGUACUACCCCUGCGAGCACAUCGCCUGGGCUGCUGAUGCGAGGAUCCUGCACGUGGACUCGGCCCGGUGGUGGGCGCUGAGCACGGCCUUCUGGGGCCUCUCGCUGCUCCUGGGCAUUGCCAGGGUCCCUCAUCCUCUCUGGUGUUGCAGGUCCCUGUGGGUGGUCCUGAAGCUGAGACAGCAGCUGAGGAGCCCUGCGGCGGCCGUCACCAGCCAGCGGUCCCGGAGCACGCGGGGGGCCGUGGAGGCCCGGAUCCAGUCGGAGCUCGUGACUCUCCUGAGCAACCUGGCCGACCUGGCCAACGCCGUGCACUGGCUGCCCCCCGGCUUCCUGUGGGCAGGCCGCUUCCCGCCGUGGCUGGUGGGCCUCCUGGGCACCAUCUCCUCCCUCCUCAGUGUGUUCCAGGCAGCCCGGGCCAGUGGCGGGGCUGGCAAGGCCGCCUCCUGACGGCCCGGAGGCGCACGGACACGCCGGAACCCUGCCGAAGGGCCUCCCCGCACAGCAGUCUCCGGGCAGGCGCUGGUCUCUGAGCAAAUCAAGGCCCGGUGCGGGGAGUUGCAACCAAGAGAACACAGGGAGUGACCUGGGCACAAGCUCGGCGAGGCAGGGUGUGGGGUGGCUGAGGUCCCCCGGGUGCUGGGGGUCUGGGCCCUUCCCGCUGGGAGGAGGGGUCUCUCAGGGCCAGAGCAGAGGACCCGGGACUCCCGUGCAGACGAAAAGGCCACAGCGGCCUAAGCAGAGCCUCACUCCAUCCUGGCAUCCUGAGUCCAGACAGGCAGGAGGCCAGGACGGUACGCACCCAACGGGCCUUAGGAAAGCUGGAAUGGGAAUCAAUUAAAACUGUGGUGCUGGUGCGAGG